UCGCUUGGCAUUUCCUUAUCACAAUACAUGCAUUGUAGUGGCGCCCUCAGCGCGGAAAAGCCUAUAUUACCGACGCAAAAGAAAAACCAGCGUCAACACAAAUAGCAUGUCAUUUUCGCGAUGAAAACUAGCUCAUCACCUCAAUACUAGUUAUCACCCCCGUUAUCACCACACGCCGCGUAACCACGCGAACAUAUUCAAAAUGAAGACGAUGCAACAGUAUUGGGUGACGAAGAAGAGUGUUGCACGCAAGUUUGGUGGCAAAGAAGACGAAUGUAUCAUCUCCUCGGAUGCGGAACUCGACGCAAAGCUGGAACUGUUCCGUUCCAUCACCGAGAGUUGCGCCCAUUUACAAAAAGUCAUCGAUAUGUACCAAGAGCGCUUAUGUUUACUGGCGCAGGAAGAGAACGCAUGCGGGCGGUACAUGAAAGAGUGCGGUAAGAAUGAGAAAAACGCCUCUGCUGGACAAAUAUUAACAAUCGCCGGUAAAUCACUUGCGUAUUCUGGGCACCAACGACUCACACUACGACCAUCACUGGUAAGACUCCACCAUGAAGUUGAAACAUUCCGAGGGCGAGCUGUUUCGGACACUAGAGGAACCGUAAUGGAAAUGGAGAAGACUAGAACUGAAUAUCGCGCUGCACUAAGUUGGAUGAAAUCUGUGUCGACACAACUGGAUCCGGAUACUGGGCAUGGCCUGGAGAAGUUCAGAAAAGCACAGGCUUAUGUAAAAAGCUCCAAGGUGAAAUUCGACCGCUUGAUGUUAGCUUGUUUACAAAAAGUGGAUUUAUUGGCAGCGGCGAGGUGCAACAUGUUUUCCCACGCGUUAGUAGCGUAUCAAAAGUCUUUGAAGACAUUCUCGAAUAAAACCUACGAUACUCUCAUCGUAGCAUUGAGCAGACUUCAAACUGUAGAGCCUUAUGAUUUCACCAUUGUAUCUGAACUAGCUGUAGGUCCAAACAACGACGAAGAAGUUGAUAAAGAUAAGAAAACUUACUUCAACUCUGAAUAUUCCGACGAUAAAGAAAAAUCAACCACCACGGUAACAUCCACUGAAGACAAUAAAGAGCCAGGAAUUAGUAAUGAUUUACUUGGUGAAGAUUUUACGCAGUUUCAACAAAAUCAAACCGUGGCCGAAUCAACAACUCACUCCGAAUUGUUCGGUUUGAGUUGGCCAUCGGCAUCUUCGACGAAUAUAUCGGAUGCGUACGCUUCAAGUGAAUUUAUGCCAUCGACCCUACUCCAACAAGAUUUCCUCUCGUCCAUGCAAACACAAUCAACACCAAGUCAAGAAGAAAAGAACGAAUCGGCGGACAAAUCUAAAGCUACCAACGAAGCCCCAAAAUCAUCGCAGAUGUCUUGGUUGAGCAUGUUUGCGGAACUGGAUCCACUCGCGCAGGAAAUUGACGCUAAUGUUGGAGAUAGGGCAUAAGGAUAAGGCGUCGCCAUUUUGUUUAUGCAGCCAUUAAACAAACGAGCGAUCGACAACUAGAAUCUCCAAAAAUUACCCCUUGCCAUAUACAUUGACUUCAAAUUUUUGCACCAUAAAUGUUGUAUAUUUAAAAUAUAGAAAUAUAUUAUAUCCUCAUAAGAAAAAGAAACGUUUUAGGGUACUAUAUAUAUCAUUACUAAUUUCUCUUUUACUAACGUUAUACUACUUAUUAUUUAUUGCAAAAUAAAUUUAAGUAAAGUAA